GCUGCAACCCCGACUGAUAGACAACUUCCUGAGCAAGCAGCUUUGCAGUUUCCUACUGUCUGGCUGGGACCCCUUCUACCCAGGAAAGCCCUCUAGCUGUCACUGGCUGCACGGUCUUGGGCACCAUGUAUACUGCCAUCCCCAAAAGUGGCUCCCCCUUCGAUGCCUCCGCGACGCAGCCAGGAUUGCAUAUAUGGCGGGUAGAGAAGAUGAAGCCAGUGCCUGUCCCCAAGGAGAUGCAAGGUGUCUUCUACUCAGGAGACUCCUACCUGGUCCUGCACAAUGGGGAGGAUGAGCAGUCCCACCUGCACCUCUGGAUCGGCCAGAGCUCAACGAGGGAUGAGCAGGGGGCCUGCGCCGUGCUCUCCACCCACCUCAACAGUCUGCUUGGUGAGCGGCCCAUCCAGUACCGUGAAGUGCAGGGCAACGAAUCUGACGUCUUCAUGGAGUACUUCCCCCGUGGAAUCAAGUACCAGGAAGGCGGUGUGGAGUCGGCCUUCCACAAAACCCAGCCUAGUGCGCGCGUUGGCCCCAUCCCCACCCGUAAACUCUACCAAGUGAAGGGUAAGAAGAACAUCCGGGCCAUCGAGCAGGAUCUGAGCUGGGCCAGCUUCAACACUGGUGACUGCUUCAUCCUGGACCUUGGGGAGACCAUCUUCACUUGGUGCGGCAAGAAAUCCAAUGUGCUGGAGCGCAACAAGGCCCAGGAUUUAGCCAUGGCUAUCUGGGACAGCGAGCGGCGUGGCCGGGCCAGGGUGGAGAUUGUGGCUGAUGGCGAGGAGCCAGCAGAGAUGAUCCAGGUGCUGGGUUCCAAGCCCACCCUGCGAGAGGGCAGUCCAGAGGAGGAUGUCAUGGCAGACCAGACAAAUGCGGGUGCAGCUGUCCUCUAUAAGGUCUCGGAUGCCACGGGGCGGAUGAACCUGACGAAGAUGUCCGAGAGCAGCCCCUUCAGCCAGGACCUGCUGUGUACUGAUGACUGCUUCAUCCUAGAUAAUGGCCAAUGUGGCAAGAUCUAUGUCUGGAAAGGUCGCAAGGCCAAUGAGCAGGAGCGACAGGCAGCCAUGAAAGUGGCCGAGGACUUCAUCUCCCGUAUGAAGUAUUCCCCCAAGACCCAGGUGGAGAUCCUGCCCCAGGGCCGUGAGAGCCCCCUCUUCAAGCAGUUCUUCACCAGCUGGAAGUGAUGCCCAGGUCCCAUGCUGGGCUCAAAACUUCUGCUUCACCCCUGGUCUGGGCCCUUGCUCUGUACCCACUGGACUUCUCAUUAAAGGAACAGCUUUGGCA